CAUCAGAAGCAAUGCUUCAUUCACUUCUGUAUGCCCACUUUUCCGAGACAUAGACAGGACUUCCUACCAUCCGAAGCUACAGAAAGAUGAAGCGGUUCAUUGACGCCAAAAGACACUAUGUCGAUCUGGAGGAUAGAGCUCUAUACCUCGUACAGGAGUCGACUCAUCACUCCCCCAGAUGGCUUACGGUAAGGCUGGACUUCAUGGGAGGCGUAUUGGUGUUAUUUGUCGCUCUUCUCGCAGUGACCGACGUCUCCGGGAUCAAUGCUGCCCAGAUAGGGCCGGUACUAAUGUAUACCAUUAUGCUGUCACUCAUGUGUGGCAUGGUGACCCGACAAACGGCUGACGUCGAGAAUAACAUGAACGCAGUGGAACGAUUGGCGGAGUACCUCAAUGGCAAAACGAUCCCCCAGGAGGCACCACAUGAGAUAGAAGCUCAUAAGCCCCUGGCGCAAUGGCCCGAGCAUGGCGCCAUCGAAUUUAAAGAUGUCAAGAUGGCAUAUAGACCUGUCCUUCCCAACGUAUUGAUGGGCAUCUCGAAAAUAGGUGUUGUUGGAAGGACUGGUGCGGGAAAAUCUUUGUUGAUGCUUGCGUUUGUCGAUAUAUCUACAAUUGGUCUCAAAGACCUCCGCUCCAGGAUUUCCAUCAUCCCACAAGGUCCUCUUCUCUUUAGCGGUCGGUGUCGGUCAUUUACAUGCUCUUGUUUGAAGCGCUGAAUGACCACAGGGACCAUCCGGUCCAACCUGGAUCCAUUCUCCCAACACAGUGACGCAGAUUUAUGGGAUGCGCUUCAUCAGUAUUGUCUUGUUGAU